AUGGAGACAUCGGUACCAUGGUUGCACUAUAGCAGGUCUGAGUCGAAUGUCGAUACCCUGGGGCAGACUGAUACCUCGAGAGCGUUGUCAUACCCAGAUACACAUCUCUUCCCCUCCGCUCUGUCGGUGGGGAAGGCCAUCUUUGUCGUGGCAAUGGACAACACAGCAGCGAAAAGGCAGAUAUUCCGAGAAUUUAUCGACAAUUCCGGAAGUAGCAUCCUCCCCAUGUCGCCAGCUCCAUCCCCAUGCUCUUCUCUGGGGUCGAGCGUCAAUAGUCUACCGGAUUCCGACAGAAUAUCAACUCAAAAUCCGCAAAUCAUCUCCGGUUAUUCUGGAUCACAAUACAACGGAUGCGCUACAGCACUAGAUCAAAUGGCCGAUGACCCUAUGGCCACUAGCAUCUACGGAGAGGAAGGCCUCGCCCAACUUUUCCAGGGGCCCAACCCUUCAGCAGUCGACGAGAUGGCUGAUGCACUAAUGGCCGCCAGAACCCGCGCAAAGGAAGAGCUCGCAGAAGCCAUUUCGAAUUUAUGUUCCCCACCUCCUUGGCUCUUCAAUCGUGUCAGUCCACAACCGCCGUCACUGGAUGGAGCAGUUGGAGCCACUCCUGAAUUGAUUCAACUUCAAAAGAGUAUUCAAGGGCAGGCGUGGCUUCACGCGAAUGAGCCCGAACCACGCGAUGAGGCGGGCAACUCCAUCUUUGGCAACUUCCUGGUCCAUAACGAGGCGACAUCCGAGUAUACCUGUCGCUUUGAUGGAUGUGUAAAGGCAUACUCUCGAUGCGACCGUGCAAUUGGCCAUAUUCGAAGUCAUUUCCAGCAUAGACCGUUUAUAUGUGGGGGCUCUUGUGGCGUAGAAAUGUGCAAAGAGCGCUUCUAUUGCAAGUCGUAUCUCGCAGCUCAUGUCAAACGUCCCAAGGUUGACUGCGACUAUUGGUACGUCGCAUAA